AUGCGAAAAUACAAUCCACGAUCUAGAAAUCUCAUAAUUGGGAUGCUCGCCUCUUUCCGAUCGAUUGCUUUAAAGUCUACUCGUCUGAAUUUUGCUCGCGCCAUGUCGUAUUAUACCCCCGCCGAUGGAGUUGUGGAUCCUGAAUGGCUCCAGCAGCGCUUAGGGAAAGUGCGCAUUUUCGAUGCUACUCUCCACCUCGAUCCCAAACGUAAUGCGAAAAAAGAAUUUACUGAAAAACGAAUUCCUGGAGCUCAGUUUUUCGAUAUCGAUGCUGUUGCUGAUUGCCAGCUGAAGCUUCCCCACAUGCUUCCCUCGCCUACCUACUUCAAGCAGUGCGUGGAGAACAUGGGAAUCAACGAUACCGACGAGAUUGUAGUCUACGACACGCACGGUCUCUUCAGCGCCACACGCGCAUGGUGGAUGUUCCGCCUCUUCAACAAGAACGCGAAGGUGUAUGUGCUCAAUGGCGGUCUUCCUCGCUGGGAGAGCGAAAAGCGCCCACUCGAAAGCGGUGAGGCUGCUCCAGUGACCACUCCCGGCCAUUUCUACGUGAACCCCGACUACAGCAUGGUCCGCACGCUCGAUCAAGUGCUUGACCUCAUCGAUGAGUACAAGCAGGGAAAAAUCGACUUCACGGUCAUCGAUGCGCGUCCCAAGGGCCGAUUCGACGGUACGGUGCCGGAAGCGCGACCGGGACUGACCUCGGGGCACAUGCCGGGCAGUCGGAACAUUCCGUUCUCCUGCGUGGCGAACCCGGAGAAAAACUUCGAGAUCCGCCCGCCCGAAGAGCUAGCGAAGCUCUUCGCGGACAUCAAGGUGGAUCUUCAUCGCAAGGAGCCGAUCGUGUUCUCAUGCGGAUCGGGCACGACGGCUUGCGUGGACUACUUCGCGGCGCAUCUGCUGAAGCGAAGAGAGCCUGGAAGCAUGGCGGUGUACGAUGGAUCGUGGGCGGAGUACGGAGGCAAAUCGUACACGCCGUACGAGAAGACGAAGUGAAGAGAUUGAAGGUAUGAUUGUAGUGUGA